AUAUUCAGUGUGUGUAAGACAUUAUUUCGUGAUGCUUGUGCAAGUUUUGCUUACUUUACUUUUACUUUCGACAGCAAAAACUGACGAUGACUGCCGUUCUGAUAAAUCCAAAUUAGCCCCUGUGAGGCUCAGAAAACGUUUGUUGUGCGAUUACGAUAAAGACACAAGACCUAUUCGUGAUCAUACGAAACCGGUGCAGUUGGUAAUGCAAUUAAUGCUCAAAUAUUACGCAUACGAUAUGCACGACAACAGUUUCACCAUUGACAGCUGGUUGGCGCUGCGAUGGACCGACGAGCAUCUUACAUGGAAUCCUGAUGAUUAUGAAUCUUUGAAACGUAUACACUUGUCUCAUACUGAUAUAUGGAUGCCAGAUCUUUCCAUUUACAACAGGAGAACUCAAGGUGGUGAUCAAUCAGCAAUAGAUAGUGUUACCUGCAUAGUAGCAAACACAGGACAGGUGGUUUGCGUGCCAUCAACAAGUCAUUCAACAAUAUGUACAUCCGAUUUAACAAAAUUUCCUUUUGAUACUCACAACUGUACUGUACGUUUUGGCUCGUGGGUUCAUAGUGGAGAAGAAUUAGACCUACAAAUUUCUAAAGAUGCCUUAAAUACAGACGAUUUAAUUUAUAACGGAGAGUGGGAUCUAAUCGACACUAACGUCUUCAAGCAUCCAGGAAUUUACAAAUGUUGCCCCAAUAACACCUAUCCCUCCAUCAAUUACAGUUUCAAGAUUCAGAGAAUAUCGGGUGCUCACACCGCAAGUGUGAUUCUACCUGCAUUUGCUUUGGUCAUCAUCACGUUAGUAUCUUUGUGGGUUGCCCCCAACAAUCCUCAGCGCUUGAAUUUAUGUUACGUCAACAUUAUUAGCGAGUUUCUGUACAUACAGUACGUGUCUUGGUUGAUUCCCAUGAAUGGUGAUCGAGUUCCACUAAUACUGCUGUUUGCUAGAGACUCGUUAUUAUUGUCAGCCUUCACAAUAAUGUUUAGUUUAGUUUUGGCAAGUAUGGUAGAAAAUAAGAAAACAACGCCCGCAUGGAUUUCAAGGGUUGUUUCUGUUUUGAUAGCUUUCAAACCGGGACAGGUUGUGCUUCUAGGAGAUUCUUCGUUCAAGGGUCUGGACAAUGAACACGGUGAUGACGAUGUUACAGCGAUAAUUAAUAACAAAGAUACUACUACCUCUUUGAACACGGAAUGGUUGAUGUUUGCUAAAAUUUUAGAUCGAUUGUGUUUUCUUAUCUACGUUAUUGUGUAUCUGUGCAUGUUUAUAGCAUUCAUUCCAUGAAGUAUCUUUAGGUGUGUAGUAUUACAAAAGACGUAUUUGCUAAGGUGACAUAUAUAAUUAGAAA